GGAGAAAGGAAACGAGGUGGAGGUAGUGCUGUUGAAGCAAAGAAAGAAGGAUGGGAUGGGUUUGGUACUGCAUAGAAAACCCAUGGAGCCAUAGGGAGAGGCAGAUGAUGCUGCCCAGGGAAGAGGUAGAAAGAAGGCAAAACUCCCAUCCUCCCAGAAAACCUUCCUUCUGGGAUGAACGACAAAGGAGGGAGCAGCGCUGCAAGAUCCAGGAAGAAAGGGCCCAUAUUGAAAGGGGAAAGAGGGAGAGAGAGCUGAACGGAAGAACCCUCAUCACAAUGAAAUCUAUCACCCACAAAAAGUCUCCCCCCCCAAUACUGUGAAAAAUUCCUUAAGAAGAAAAAGAUGGAAGUGAACGAAGCUAUGUUCUGCACAGUGUCUUCUUGACUACUAGUGUGAGCAAUGCCCUGAAAUGUUGAGAGUGGAAAGGUGUGUCUGAGAACCUGCCCACCCCGGGAGUUCUGCAAUGCUCACAGCCGUCUGUGGUUCUCUUGGCAACCAGUGCUCAGAGACGCCCUGUUCCUCUCCAACUCAUUUGGAGCUACAACCUCUGCAAAACUACCAGCCCCACACUAGUCCAGAGAGUGGGGGAGAUUUCCCAUCUCCUCUGCAGCCCACAGAGCUUCAGCACCUGCCUUUGGCUGGUCCUGACACAGAGUAUUCAACCAAUACUGGUUACGAGCUGCAUGGGUCUUCGCGGUUAGACUUGGACGCUGAAAGCCAGCUGCCUUCAGGCUCCUACUCUAAGCUUCUACAGGCAGCACCAGAUAUGUCUCACCAUUAUGAACCCUGGUUCCGCCCUACGCAUCCUAGCAAUGCUACUGAUGAAGGCAGUGUCAAUCCGUGGUGGGACCUUCAUGCUGGAUCCAGCUGGAUGGAUCUGCAGAGUGGUCUCCAACCUCCAAGCCACACAAGUGGACUUCAACCAGCAUUGGGUGGCUACGGCUCUGCAGAACACCAACUCUGUGGCACUCCUCACCACCUGUUGCCUUCAACACCUCACCUCAUGGGCCAGGAAGUGAUCAAAUCUUUGGAUUCUACACAGGAGCCCCACCCAAUGGAGCAGGUUGGAGACGGUAGUGGUAGGCCAAAGAGUUCAAGGCGCUCAGUGACACGUAGUUCUGGCCAGGCAGCCUGUCGAUGCCCCAACUGCCAGGAAGCUGAACGGGUUGGUCAGUGCCCUGACAACUCCAAGAAGAAGCAUCUUCAUAACUGCCAUAUCCCUGGUUGUGGCAAGGCCUAUGCCAAGACGUCUCAUCUGAAAGCCCACCUGAGGUGGCACAGUGGUGACCGCCCCUUUGUCUGCAAUUGGUUGUUCUGUGGGAAGCGUUUCACUCGUUCUGAUGAGUUACAGAGGCACCUUCAGACCCACACUGGAACCAAGAAAUUUGCUUGCCCUGUUUGCAACCGGGUCUUCAUGAGAAGUGACCACCUCAGCAAGCAUAUGAAGACACAUGAAGGUGCUAAAGAGGAAGCAGAGGGGGAAGCCAAAGCUGGGACUGAUCCUCCUGCCAAAGUCAAACGGGAACCUGAUGGAAGCUCUUCAAGUGCUGUUUCCCAACCCAACUGAGGUGUUCUUCCUCACUGAGGAUAUUCCCACCCUGUAUCUUCAUAAUGGUCACUCCUGGCCUAGUGAUUUAUUCUCUCUGCUUAAGGUUCUGAGGCCCUAUACCCUUUGAACUGAACAUUUUUGUCCUCAAAGUGUGAGAUUAUUUAUUCUGUAGAUGGGAAGGAGAGUGUUUUGGGGGGACAUAUCGAGAAGGGCCAGACUCUUGAGAAGCUUUGGCACAGGUUUAAGCAUUGAGGUGUUUAUGGGAAGAGAGGGAGGGGUGCUUUUGAAGGAUGGCUUCUGAAGUUGGUUUAGCUAAACUGGCAGUUAUAAGCUAAGGGAGAUGGGCCUUUGCUAUCUCCAUCUUGGAACUAUGACAUACAGCGGCCUCAUAUGUUGAUGCUUUGGUGGGGUGGGGUGGGGAUUCAUUCUUGUAUCGAUAUAGGGGUUUAGAUCUAGCCAUCUAAUAGCCAGGUCCUCCCCACUAGGUCUCCAGAUUAGUCUGUAAUAUAUCUACUCCAGUAAGCAAAAUGGCUACCACAAUUCACUUUCUAUUCACUUGUCAAGUUUCCUGUCUUGGGCAAAAUGUGUGGUUUGUGUGGCCUAUACUGCUAUUUCGCUCUGAUCCAAACAUCUCUCAGAUAACUUCUUCCUUAACUAUGGGUGUGUUCACAAGUGGCUCUUACUUCCUUUAUAAUAGUUGGUGGCCCAUGUGAAUUUUUGUAAUCUGGGAUAAUAUGCACUACACGUUUCAUAAUUUUUGAGGAUCCAGCACUGGUGCUUUGAUCACCUGUAAAAGGACAAGUUCCUUAGCCUUAGAAUGGAGAACUGGCCAUUCCUGAUUUGAGAGAGUAGUAGGGAAAAGUUCCAAUAGUGCGAAUUCUUGUAACAGCAGAAUCUGACUGUACUUUUUUUUUAGACUAUGCUUCCAUUCUAGGCCUUUGUGUGUAACAACUGUACUUUGUUCACCAACUAUGGGGGUUCACAUGAAACUGACUGUGUUUGCUGUAGCUACAGUACUUGAAAAUCUCGCAUAUUAUUUUGUAAAACAUGCCUCUACCAAUAAGACAUGGUUUGUUCACCAGCCACAAAACACAUGGUUUAUUGUUGCUUUAUAAAAUCUGGCUUGAUUAAACCAUGCCUUACCACAACUAGAUCUUCUUGAGGUGGGUGAGGAGAUAAUUAUUUUAAAAUUAUCUUUUAUGAAAAAAUCUGGCCCAACAUUGGAAUGUGUGAUUUAAGAUUUAUCCAUCCUUUUCUAAAUACGUACCUGUAAUUGUCUACAUGUUGCUAAAUAUCGUCUUACUGCCCCACCCCUUACUUCAGCCUUUUCCCUUAGUUCAAGCUACUGAUUUUUCCAGAGAGGUUGCCAUGUUAGUUUGUUGUAGCAAAAACAACAGAGAGUUUUGUGGGACUUUAAAUAUUUACAAGUUUUAUUUGGCAUAAGCAUGGAUGUCUCUUGAGUGGAUCAGAAAGAGCAUUUAAUCUCAACAUUUAGGGGGGCUGCUCUGGUCAUAGGCAUAAGGUUUUUGUAGACUGCCUAAUGAACAAUUGUGCCAAAUAAACCUUUUGAUUUUGAGUUACCAUAAUUUCCCCCCUUCAAGCUACUAGCAUUGGAAGCAACUCGAAAUAUAAAUAUAUAUCUGGAAAUCUGGAAUGGGGAAAAUGAAAAUAAAUUUUUUCUUUUCUCACAAUAAUAUGUUAAUUUGUUUGUCACUUUCCCAUGACUGUGAAUUUCUUCUCUAGUUACAUGGAAAUGAGUGUCUUAUUAUUUCUUAGAGUGCAUGAUAACACUAAAUUUGAACUUGAUCAUCAAAUAUAUUAAGGCAGGUACUUUUCACCCUUCCCAUUUACCAUAUUGCUUCCCUCCCUCCCCAUUCUUGUUCCUCACUCUCUGAAUUCAAAAUAUCUGAACCAUACAAUUUUAACCCAGUGGUAGCUAAUGCCUAUUGUAACUGGUUGUGGUAGAUAGCACAAUAACCAAUGGUGAGUGGAGCCUGAGGCAUACAUGGGCAUUUAUGUAUCUGUGGGCAAAGGUAUUCACACUUAUACAAAACAGAUCCUUAGCCUCUAGGCUGGGACUACAUGGUCAAAUACUGCAGGGUGUGCUCCAUUUAUAAAACAGGUGAAUUCUAAGUAUUUUUAU